CAGAUAAUACUUUUACGAUCAAUUCAUAUGUGCAGAUUUAGACAAGCAAUACUAGCAUAUUGUUAUGCUUUUAUGGUACUGUUAUGUUGCUUUCUUCUAUGUUGGAUGAUGGAAAUUCAUAUAAAACAAAAUUAAUCUAUAAACAUGUUUAUCAAUACUAGUAGUGUUAAUAAUGUUUUUGAAACAGUUAAAAUCAAACACUGUACACAUUGUCAUGACAUUAAACACAAUACACAAUGCUUUUGCUGCUGCUAUAGUCCGUAAUAAAUGCAAAAUCAGGAUAAGUCCCAAUCAAGCAGUUUCUUCAGAACAAAAACAUAACAUGCCCACCAAAAUCUGGAAUUUCGACUCUAACUUCUCCUAUACUUAACAUAUCAGAAUCAGCUUCAAGUUCACUAACCAUCCCUAACUGAAACUGUGGCUCUUCUACUCCAGAGGACAUUUUAACAUUUCUAUUUAAUGUUGAACACUGAAGAACACUGGCCAGUCUCCUGUGAAGGGCAUAAACUGGCAUGCAACGAACUGUACACAACCUUCUGUCUUUUAAUCCAUGGAAAUUCACUCACUUACUAAAUGGACCUAAAGGCACUUCAUCUCUAUGCUCUGAUUAAAAAACAAGCUGUCCACCGUAGUUAAUACGGCUUACAGAUCAUCUGUAACUCCCCAGUCACCUGCAUGCUCCACAGAAUCUGGAGUCACUAAAAAAAGCUCUGCAAGUCUAUAGAGGCUACGUUUGGGCUACAUUCGCGAUCUUUGACAGUAGUUUUCUUAGCUUGUGUUUUCGCGCGGUGUCGGUAACAAUGUGGUGUAAACGUUUAGUGAUUAUUAAUAUUGUUAAUGUCGUUUGAGCCUAUAUUAGUGGACCCAGUCUUCAUCGUAGGUGAACACCAAACAGCCUAGCAGCUAGGAGGGAAUGUAUACUAGAACCACUAUUAUGACGUAUCCCUAUAUGACGUAGCGUGAUAGGCUUUGUGACGUUGCCAAAUGUUUACCAGCCAGUCAAGGUUCUUAACACUGGAAAGGCCUGUCGAGCGCUAGAAGUUGUUUUUGUUUCUUAAAACGCGCGGUAUUUCUUUUUUCUCUGAAUAUAACCACGUCAAUUUCUGCCCCUUUGCGAUCUGAUACAUUAAGGCGAAUCCAUCGACCAGGCUGACGGUACCCCGAUCUACAAUCAAAGUGGACACAACAUAAAGGUCAACAAAGUACAUCAGCACCCGAUGAGAAACAUCUGAAAAUAAAAAUGAAAACGGAAGUUUCAGCAGCAGCGAGCUUUGUCGCCAGAUUGCUAAGAACCACUGGAUUACUAUCCGAACACCAGUUGGAGCAAUUCAGUUUGGCGCUGGAGGAAGCUCUGGGCGAUCACUAUCAGCAUCACUGGUUUCCCCAAGCGCCGUGCAAAGGAUCUGGUUACCGAUGCAUCAGAAUCAAUCAUAAAAUGGACCCAGUGAUCGGCAGAGCGGCUUGCACCAUCGGGCUCACAGUCGAGCAACUUUUCUCCUUACUUCCCAGGGAAUUAACGCUGUGGGUCGAUCCCUUCGAGGUGUCAUAUCGUAUUGGAGAAGAUGGCUCCAUUUGUGUCCUCUAUGAAUCAACACCACCAACACCAGACUCGACGGACUUUGUUAGUUGUAAGAAUGGACUCAGAAUUGGACGAACAAGCCCUUCCAAGUCAUAUAACAUAAUGGCUGUUUCAAGCUAAUAGGCCUAUAUCUUAUUUUCACUUUUUCACUUUUUCCGCACAAGAAAUCUGCUUGCAUUUGAUGUUUUUAAAAUCACACGAUGUAGUGUUUUUUUUUUUUUUUACCUUAUGUUUGGUUAUUUCAUGACAUGUGAAUGUGUCUUGUAUAGGCUACUGUACACGAUGCAGUCUUGACAUUGUUUUACAAAUUAGAAAUGAACUAUUUUGUGUAUUUAUAAUAAAAACGCUUUUAUUUCA